AUGACGUAAAUGUUGCUUCUUCAACUUCCUAUUUACCGUUUGUUUACAUUUUUUGAGACGCCGUUGUCAACCAACACAAUUUUAUCAAACAUUGACGAUUGCUGUAUGAAACUGUAGAAUGAUUGACUUAAUUACAUUACACGUGUAACGAUUGAUUAAAUUAUUGUUUUACGAAAGCCCAGCAAUACGUAUAAAUCAAGAUGAGAACAGUUCCAAAGUGGGUGAACAAAAUUCAUGAAGCCGACAAAGUUGAAUUUUCCAGUGUCCACACAAUAUGCUUUAGUCCAGAUGGUAGCCAGCUAGUAGUGGGUGCUGGUGAGAAGGUUAUGGUCUAUGACCCUAGGGAUGGAGCUCUCGUCCAGUUACUCCAGGCCCACAAAGGAGCUGUCCAUGCAGUUGCUUAUUGCGGUGAUGGCAAGAAGUUUGCAAGUGGCAGUGCUGAUAAAAAUGUUAUCAUUUGGACUUCCAAAAUGGAAGGGAUAUUAAAAUAUUCCCACAGCGAGCCAAUCCAGUGCCUUGCUUACAACCCAGUGACAUACCACUUGGCAUCAUGUGCUCUCACCGAUUUUGCAUUUUGGUCUAUGGAUGUCAAAGCUGUCCAGAAGUACAGGGUGUCUGGACGAAUCACCAGUUGUGCCUGGUCUACUAAUGGUCAGUACCUGGCCAUAGGUCUGGCUAUUGGCGCGGUAUCUAUCAGAGAUAAGAUGGGUGAUGAAACACACCGAAUAUCUCGUGAUGCAGCAGUGUGGGCUGUGGCGUUUUCAAAAUCAGUACUUGUAGUAACUGAUUGGAAUGAUACUUUGUCAUUCUAUAACACUCAGGGACAACAGAUCUUGAAGGACAGGAAUAUUGGCAUAUCUGCAUUAUCUGUGACGAUGCUUGGUGCUUUGGUCCUGGUUGGGGGCAUCGGUGGGUGGGCUGUAUUGACAUCAGAGGGGGUCCCAAUACUAAAUACGCCGCAGGAGUGGGUGUGGUCUAUUGCACCCUCGCCUACGUUUAAUAAUCUGGCAGUGGCAUGUCAAGACGGUACAUUAUGGUGCUAUCAAAUAGUGUUCAGCACGGUGCACGGGUUGUACCGCGAGAGGUACGCUUACAGGGAGAACAUGACUGACGUCAUCAUACAACACCUCACCACCGGCAACAAAGUGCGCAUCAAAUGCCACGAUAGAGUGCAGAAGAUUGCUAUUUACAAACAUAGACUUGCUGUUCAAUUACCAGAACGCGUCGUUGUAUAUGAACAGGGUGAUGUGGAAGGUAUGCUGUACAGGGUAAGAGAGAAACUGCCUCAGAAGACGGAGUGCUCGCUACUAGUAGCUACCAGCGACGCUUUACUUUUGUGUCAGGAUACCAAACUGUCAAUAAUUGGGCGACAAAUACCGAAAUCAUGGACCGUUCCUGCCCCAAUACGUUAUGUGAAAGUGACCACGCUAUACUUUGAAGAAGUUCUGCUGUUAGGAUUAAUGAAUGGACAGAUAUGGCAGGUCGAGCCCUGGCAAGGCAGUGCUAAGAUGGUGCUUCACACUCCAGCAUCAGUGCGAUGCCUAGACGUGAGCGCUUCCCGCGCCUACCUCGCCGUCGUCGACGAGUCCUCAGUCUGCAGAGUGUAUAAACUAGCUACCAGUGAACUGCUAUUUACGGAGGAGAACAUAUCCUCAGUGUCGUGGAACUCCUGGUGUGACGAGCUGCUGAGUUUAUCUGGUGGUGGUCUACUUUCUAUAAAGGCCUGCCACUUCCCUCCUGCCACACAACCGCUGGCUGGCUCCGUUGUUGGGUUCCAGGGUGGACGAGUAUUUUGCUUGCAAGCUAAUUCGAUGCAAACUAUCAACGUGCCACUUUCGCAUGCCGUUCAUCAAUACAUUCACCAUAAAAAGUUCAAUGAAGCAUACUCAGUAGCGUGCCUAGGCGUGACGUCAUUAGACUGGGACCGCGUUCGCGUGGCUAGAAAAGCCUUCCAAAAACAUAGAUUUGUAAUGGUUCAUUAUCACUCUCUUUACCAACAGGAACGGUUCGAGGCUGGUGAGAAACGGGCAGUGGUUCUGGGCGAAGUGAUGGCUUACCGAGGCCGGUAUGCUGAUGCAGCGCGCUCUUACAGAAGUGUAGGCCGAGAUGAGAAGGCACUCAACUUAUACGUCGACCUCCGAAUGUUCAACAAAGCACAAGAAUAUGUAGGCGAGGGCGAAGGCUUAGCGGCGCUUGCUCGACGUAGAGCCGAGUGGGCUAGACAUGUGAACGAGCCCCGAGCGGCCGCUGAGAUGUACCUCGCGGCCGGUGACGUGAAACGAGCUGCAGAACUUAUGGCGGAGACUGGUAGACGAGACAUGUUAAUAGAAUUGGCACGCAAACUGGACAAGGGUUCGAGUGGGUCUCUCCGCUACGUGGCCGAGGCGCUAGUGAAGGCUGGGGAGCCAGCGACUGCCGCUGAUGUGUACCAACGGCUUGGAGACUAUACUAAAGUGGCGCAGUUGGCAGUAGCUGCAGGAGAAUGGUCACGAGCAUUCACAUUGGCGCGGGAGCAUGCUGAGUGUAAACGCGAAGUAUACUUGCCGUAUGCCCACAGAAUGGCGCAAGAGAACAAGUUCGUUGAAGCACAGAAAGCAUACCACAUGGCCGGUGAAACAACAACGGCGAUGCGUGUGUUCACGAUACUGGUCGGUAACGCUGUGGCCGAAGAGCGGUUUUCCGAUGCAGGCUACCUUCACCACUUACUGGCUAUGCAAUGCUUAGAAACUGCUGCGGCUGCUAUUACUGAUAAAGAACGCAAUAGAUCGCUGCGUGACUACGCACACAACGACCGGCUGGCCCGUAUCUACCACGCAUAUGACGUCGUACACCGCUGCGUUCACGAACCAUUUUCUCUAAGCCAACCAGAAGCUUUACUGAACGCGGCGCGGUACAUCUUGGCGUUAUUAGACGUUGAACCGCCUACUGGAGUUUCUAUGUUUUGUUUGUAUCUUUGUCUAUCGAAACAAGCGAAAGCAUUGAACGCGAACACGCUGGCUCGUCAAAUGUUGGACAAAAUAUUGGGAUUGCAGAUACCACACAAGUUUCAGGAAAGUGUAGAGCUACUAAUCUUGAAGACUCGCGCUAGUACUGGGGGAGUGUCUCGAGACGACGAGGUGGCGCCACUGUGUUGGCGGUGUCGACGUCACACGCCGCCUCUCUGUGCCACCCGAUGUCCCUUCUGUAGACAUGCGCUUGCCCACUCACUCGCUACACAUGAAGUCCUGCCUCUAGUACAAUUCGAGCCUGCGGAAGGGAUAACCUUUGAAGAAGCGUUGGAUCUCAUAGAACGCGCUCCACUCCCUGAGUCUACCCUCGCAGACAACACGGAGUACGGAGCUGAAGUGCUGCGAAUAGACCAUGAUGUGGACAGCACCGACCCGUUCCUAGAUAAAGUUGAUGAGGACGAUGAUGUCGGAGUAGUUAUAUGCAGUCGAGGAGCGUUGCUGCAACUGAGUCCAGCGAGCGUGAUAGUCAUCAACCGGCCGCCACUACGACCCGUCAUGUACCGCAACAUGUUACCUGAACUGCCAGCCACUGCCUGUCAGCAUUGCCAUAAGCUGUUCUACUUAGAAGACUUUGAGAUCCAGUUGGUAACAAAAGGUCAUUGCCCGUUCUGCCGCCAUCCUGCAGAGGAACCUCGGCCUGAUGAAGAAGAAGCCGAAGACUCGUUGCUGAACGACUCCAGCCCCACUCCGACUAGUCCCAGCAAUGAUCGCGGAUCUUGGUGAUAUGUUUAGUUAUAUUUUCAAAUAAUCUCUAUGAAAAUUUGUUAAAUGAUUUUCAACUAUUGUCUAACGGCAUAAGGUUGGAAAUCUGUGCAAAACUUUAGAAAUUGAAAUAGGUUGAUAGUAUUAGUGUGUAUACAAUAUGUAUUAAAUACCACGAUGUUGAUAGGUUGUUGUUAAAAUGAAGUCCUAUGCUUCAUUCACCGUCUGAAAGUCUGAUAAGGUAAAUCAGUAUUUAGGGCUUUGUAAUACAUGUCACAAUGAAUGUAGUAAACAAUUGUUAGUAUUUUAAUGUAACUGGUAUCAUUAUCUGGUUUAUACACUGAGAACAUGUCUAAUAUGUUCUCAACCUACUGAAUAAUAACUGUACAUCAGUAUGUAUGCGAAGAAGUCGUUUUGUGACACCAUAUUUUAUGGCGUUUUCGUUAAAUGUAGCGCGACUAGUUAACACACUGAUGCUAGUAGAGGAUUUGCCUUCAACAGUUUUUGGUAGGCUACUAAAGACAUUUAUAUGCUAAAACCUAGGUCAGUGGGUCAUCUUAAACUAAAAUACACAAUAAACACGCUUGCGCCGUCUCAUCUUCUAAGUACGGCUGUAAGUGUUAAAAAUGCUACUGGCCGGUUACCAAGUCACUUAAUUUCAAGCUGUCAUUGCAGUGUGCGCUGCGCUCUGCUAUCGUCGGUGAUGUACAGCAUGUCCAUAUGUGCAAUUGAUAAGCAGUGUGGGAGAGCUAUGCUUCUGCACGAAUGGCCGGACUAUGAAAUGCACCCAAGGGCGGUUAUUUUCCUCGCGGUCCAAGUCCAGGUGACCAAUUUUAUCUAGAUUACGAACACUGCAGUCGAGGCAUAAUUUGUCCCGGUG